UUAUUCCAGCAAUGAAUCAGCCCUUUGGACUGAGACACUCCCUGAGUUACAUGAGAGGAAACAGAGUUCAGCAGAGGAGGUCUGACAGAGCUCCUCCCUCACUGACUCACUGAGACGAACCAGGAAACAGUUUGUUCUUCUCCCUCACUGCAGAGAGAGAGACGGACUGAAAAACAGACGCUCAGAUUCACCUUCAGACCAAACUAACAACUUCCUCUGAGUUCAGCUACAGGAGAGAAACGUGGAAACUACAACACUGCUGCUUCACCCUGCGGACCCUCCACCCCCUGAAGCUUCACUCAGAGACAGCAUGGCUUCCAGGUUGGAGGAAGAUCUCCGCUGUCCGGUCUGUGAGGACGUCUUUAGAGAUCCUGUCUUCCUGCCCUGCUGCCACAGCUUCUGUAAAGCCUGUCUGCAGACCUGGUGGACGGGGAAAGAAGUAAAGGAGUGUCCAGUCUGUAAGACAGAAUCUUCAAGAAGAAAUCCUCCCUGUAACCUGGCUUUAAAGAACCUGAGUGAGACCUUCUUACAGGAGAGAGAUCAAAACCACAGAUUCAGACCCAUGGAUGAAGCUGUUCAGGAUCUCAGGGAGGAGCUCCAGAAAGCUCUGCAGCCCUUUCAGGAGAAACUGAAGCUCUUUGAAGAAGUUAAAGUGGAGUUUGAUCAAACAGCAGGACACAUGAAGGUCCAGGCUCAACACACAGAGACGCAGAUCAAGGAGCAGUUUAAGAAGCUUCACCAGUUUCUAGAAGAGGAAGAGGAGGCCAGGAUGGCUGCACUGAGGGAGGAAGAUGAGCAGAAGAGGAGGAUGAUGGAGGAGAAGAUGGAGGCUGUGAGCAGAGAGAUAGCAGCUCUUUCACACACAGUCAGAGCCACAGAGAAGGAGCUGAGAGCUGGAGACGUCUCCUUCCUGCUCAACUACAAGGCCGCAGUGGAGAGGCUGCAGCGCCCCCUGCUGGAGGAUCCUCAGCUGCCCUCAGGAGCUCUGAUAGACCAGGCCACACACCUGGGCAACCUCAGCUUCAACAUCUGGAGCAAGAUGAAGGACAUGGUGUCCUACUCUCCUCUCAUCCUGGACCCAAACACUGCUCAUAGAGGACUCGUCCUGUCUGAAGAUCUGACCAGAGUGAGACGAGGAGGAGAGAGACAGAAACUUCCUGAUAAUCCAGAGAGGUUUGAUUAUGAUUUCUCUGUCCUGAGCUCUGAGGGCUUUAACUCAGGGACUCACAGCUGGGAUGUCCAGGUUACAGACAGUACAUUCUGGGCACUGGGUGUGUCAGCAGAGUCUGUCCAGAGGAAGAGAAGCAUGUGGUCUGGAUCAUGGGGAAUAUUAUUCUCUGGAGGUAAAUACUCAGCACGGUCACCAUCAGGUCCAGUCACUCCUCUCAGCCUGAAGAAGGAGCUCCAGAGGCUCAGAGUGAAUCUGGACUGGAACAGAGGAGAGUUGUCGUUCUCUGAUCCUGACACUAACACAGGCAUACACACCUUCACACACACUUUCACUGAGAAGAUGUUUCCAUACUUUAACGCUGUGGGUGAAGUGAAGAUAUUACCGCUGAAGGUGUGUGUGACAGUGGAGCAGAGCAGGUAG